GUGGGAUGCGCGCACGCUGCACUCGCAGCAGCGCAUCGUCCGUUGUUUACCUUUCGGCGACCCUCAUCAUGCUACGCGCUCGCACGAACGAUGCUCCAAUUUUUUAAGAAGAUCGGGCAGAGGGACAAGUCCGGACUACCAGAAACCUCACCCACGAAAUCGGCGAGCUCGGCGAGCUUCCUGGCGGAUGCAUUCAACGGCGGCGCGUCGUCCAUUCGGACGCCCUCAGGUGUACUGUGCAAUCUCGAGGAAGAGGAGGAGGAGAUUCUCAACAGUGACGCCGAGGGUGCGCGCGUCCUCAGCUCCCGGCUGUCCAAGGCCCUGCCGGAGGUACUUAAGGACAAGAGCGCGCUCGGCUACUUCAUCCAGUUCAUGGACACCAGGAAGCGCAUAGCCCUCAUCAAGUUCUGGCUGGAGGUGGAGUGCGUGUGCAGCGCAUCCGGGAUGCCCGACGCGCAGAGAGUCAAACGGUCAAAUCAAAAGGAGCCGCUGGACGCCCUGCCCGCUUCCUUAGACGAUAACGAGAACUUCAGCUGCGACGUGGACACUCGGACGAGCGGCGAGACGCUGUUCGACGGCAGGACGGACGACGCGGCGUCCAACGGUAUGCCAAAGACUAGUCAGGCGGCGAGCGAGACGCGACAAUCAAACCAUUGUGGGGGUGGAAGACAGGACGCGACAACGAGCAGGCAGGACGCUUUGAGGAUCUACAGGAAGUACAUUCUCAAGGAAGCUCUGGGUGCGAAUCAAAUAUCCGAGGAAUUGAGGGUAGAUAUGGAGCGGGCCAUUGUCCAGGAACACACUGAGCCUAUAUUACGGUGCCUAUCUGCUGUUCAAAGCAUAGUAUACGAUAUAUUAGAGAACGAAUAUAUUAAUGAUUUUCUACGAAGCGAAUUUCACUGCAAGCAUCAAAUUGACGUGCUCACCAGUGGCAAUGUACAACUAGCGGAUAUAUUAUACAACGAGCCGGCGUUCUUCUACUUCAUGGAGUUUAUGGAACUCGAGAACAAGCGAGAGCUGUUGUCCUUUUUGAUGGCCGCCAGAAGCUACAAGCAGAAUCUUUUGGAGAAGAAGGGAGCGGCCAAUCCCGAGGAAGCGCAAUCCGACGCCGUUAUUAUAUACGAGAAAUAUUUCAGCCUGCAAGCAACCACGCCUCUUGGAUUUAGCGACAAGAUACGCUUUCACGUGGAGCAGAAUAUUUGCCGCGAGGACAAGAGCGGCCCGCAGCCCGAUUGUUUCGAUAAGCCCAGUAAAAUUGUAUAUAAUUUUCUCAACAAGCACUAUCUCCCGGCGUUCUUAUCAUCGCAGCUGUAUUAUAAAUACUUAUCGGAGCUAAUCAGCACGAUUCAGACCAGUCCGUGUCCGAGUUUACAUUCCAAGAUAAGAAGAACAGGUUCAGAUUGCAGCAGCGAAGUAAGCUCCGUGUGUACUAGUAUGCAAAGUAUUUCUCAAAUUGGAAAUAAUGGUGGCAGACUACCUGAUAAUAAGAAAACUAUCAACAGUCACUUGAACAUCGACACGAGGCAACUUUACGAUCCAGAUUCUUUGUGGCGCCGUAACAAAUAUAGUUUAAGCAUUGGUUACGUUGACAACCUAGGUAGAUUUAUUACUGAAAUAGAGCCUGAUCCUCAUAGGAAAUACGAAUCUCGCCUAACUCGUGUUGUAAAGCGAUUUGUAAAUAUAGAACAAGAUAAGGCUAAAGAGGAACUAGCAUGGAGAAUCACCGAGAUGAUCAUUCGUGAGAUCACGUCUUUGACGCUCGGAGCCCCGCAUCUUUCCUCUUGAUGGUGCAAACCGGACGUGACGAUUUUGAGGCUUGAGUUCUCCUUACGUAUAGGUGUUUUAUGUAUUUGUGUAAGCUUUGUCCUUUUUAUUUUAAACGUUAGCACAAUAAUGCUGCAGACUUUGCCAAAGUGCCAAACAGAUAAACGGGAAAUUCUAAUUCAUUUUGUAAUGCAUCUUAAAGAGGAAAUACUAUUACCAGGAAGAAACGUUUUAUAUUUUCGUAUUUGGCAUAACAAUGAAAUAACAGACACGAAUUUGCUAAUCAACGAUUCAAUCCCAAUUUAUAAUUAGUGUAAAUAACUUUAUUAGAAAUUGAAAUACGUAUAUUUUAGUACCUUUCACAAUUUGUUACGUAAAAUAAUUUGUAACGGUCUUGUAAUCAGCAUAAUAUCUGCUAUAUUUUUUUUGUGACGACUAUUAAAAGAUCUUCCUAUUUU